UGAUUUCCAGAAGGGACACCGAUGCUAUGGUCCACACACAAAAAGACUACAUGUGACAUUGGAUAUGUCCUUUCGCGAAUCAGAACUAAUGAUCUGAGAUCUAGGAAAUAGGGUUUACAAAGCGUUCUGUAAGCUUAGAAAAAACUUGGUCCUAAAGGAGAGUGUUUCUCCCCCUUUUAUUCUUUUUCGUUGUCUGCCAGGGACGUGUCUCGGCCUUACUUCCAUUGGGCCACCUGUCUCUGCCAUACUGAUACGGACGUACGAGAGUAUCAGGUCUCUGUUCCAUGCGUAACGGCCAUUUAAUUCUCCUCUGGCACGCAUGCGGAUGGACCCACCAGUCGGAUGGGCUGGAUGAUGAGAUUAAGGCUGAGCCUAGAGGAGGUCUGAUCAUUGGGCCGAAAAGGCUGGGCCGACCUGAUUGGGAAAUCUAAGUGGAGCCUGGUCCUAUGGCUGAGUGGGUUGGAUCUGACUCAUGCGGGUGACUUAGAAGCCUUCAUAUCAUGGGCUGUCAUCAUGGGCCUGGCCUUAGACCGAGGUAAUGAAAUCCAGCGGUCAUCAAUUGCCUCUUUACCUUCUCAUCAGUUAUUGCCCGAAUGAUGAGGGGGUAAAUAAUGAGAAUCAUUAUGACCGCGCCGCCUAAAUACAGACUGCCCCAAAAAAUCUUUUUAUCUCUCUACUGUUUCAAAUUUUCAGAUUCUCUCUGUCUUCUCUGAACUUAUGCUUUCCCCUGCUUUAUGUUCGUCUUGCUCGAUUUGUUCACCUGCGCUAAUCGUUUUUCAGGUACGCUCCUCCCUUCACCAUGGAAGGCCCAAAACUCCCUGAGAUUUUUAAUCUUGAUUCUUGCGUUACCCCAUCUACCCUAACCAACUUCUUUUCUCGGAGGUAUUUGGACACUCCUCUUUACCACAUUAGGGCUUCUUACCGGAACGAGAGGAUUGUUCUUCCCGAUCCUCCUCCUUCCAGCCUGGUAGAUCCCCAAAAAGAUCUCAGUCUAGUUUUCUUUGUCAAAUAGCGAGAUUACGAUCUAACCUUCCCCUUUACCCCCUUCUUCAUCGAGGUCUUCCAGUACUUCGGGAUAACCCCCCGGAUGCUAUCUCCUAACUCCAUUCUAUUCAUGUGUUCCUUCGAGUCAGUCUGCCGGAGCUGGGGGUUCACACCCACAGCGCGUCUGUUUGUGACCUUUUUCCGCCUCGUCCGGGCUGUUCAAUGUUUCUACUAUUUCGCCCCCCGUGGUGGAUUGUCCAUUUUCACGGGCUAUAAGGACUCCAUAAAGGGCUGGGUAGAGGGUUUUGUAGUGGUGGAGUUGAAGAAGGAUUCCGGUCUGUCGUGGGGGAUAGACCUCGGUUGGGAAGAUGUCUAUCUGGGUUGCAAUGACCUGCCCUAGCUGAGCCUCACCGAACAGGUCGGGUUCGUUCGACUGACUUCUAUUGAAAAGAAGUAUGAUAUCAAAAAGUUUAUGUUCGCGUCUAAUCUCCAGGAUAUCCAGGACGCAGCUUCUGAAGUGAAGAUCGACCAAAUCAAGCCUCCCAAGAAUUUUACAUUUUCCCGGGAGAGUAUGAACGCGGCUCUGGAUGCCCUCCUGGCUGGGCGAUCCGUGGGAGAGGCUAUUCAAAGGGUGGUCGAAGUCAUCUCCUCUAGGUCGGCGAGCCGGCCCCCUGUCCCAGCCCCUUCUCGAGCUCCUAAGCCGAGCUCCCGAAGUAGCAGGUCUUCUCGGCCAUCCAGCCGUAGCAGAUCGAGCUCGACUCCUCAGUCCUCCCAAGCCCCCCGGUCUCGACGGACUUCUAAUGAAGGGAUGGAAGAGGCUCCAGUGGUCAUUUCUAGGCCGGUUGAAGGCACCGAGCUGGCGGGGAUGGAUCCUGCCCUUCCUUCUGAGGAGGAUUCUGAGGUGAGGCUUGAGACCUCCGCCGCUGAGGAGAGGGCUCCGGAAAAAGGAAUGGAGGUCAUCCCGGCGGGCGAAGGUGCCCAGGAGGCCCCUCUUGGGGUUGUCCCUACUUCCGAGGGAAUGGGGCCCGGACCCACUGAUGGUGGAGGUGUCGCAAAGAAGGUCGGGGGCAAGCGUCCCGCUUCAGCUGAAGUGCCUGCCCCAAUUCUCGUCCCUAAGAAGUCUUGGGCUUCUAGGAGACCGGCUCCAACUCUCCCUCCUUCUCGAGAAGAAGAAAGAGACUCCCGUGGUGCCCCUAUUGUCUGCUCCUGACAACGACAUUCUGAACGCGGAGGAUAUUACUCAUCAAACUCCGGCGAGCGUUGUAGCAGAGAUCUUGCAGGAGCGGAUGUUCGGUGGGAUCAUGGAGGCUUCGGACCCUCAUUUGCUUGCUCUGACUGGCCUUUUGGCUGGUUUUACUCGAGAGCAAGCAGCCUUUCGGUCUCGACCCCGAGGGGAGCUUGGAGAUAGAAUCAGGGAGAUGCUCCUGAUGGUAAGUUGUCCCUUUUGUUUUCGUUUUGGCUUUCUUUGUUUCUUUGUUUUAAUGGUUUUUUCUUUGUGCUAGGUGAUGGGCCUCUUUAUGGAGGUGGAUGCUCAUGACCACUCUCUCCGGGAGUCUGUAGAUUGCCGGAUUGAGGAGGCACACCUGGAGGAGAACUUAUCAGCAACCAGCGAUGCCCGGGGCAAUCUCACGGCCGCUCGGGAACACUCUAGGUCCCUCUAGAUAGAGCUACAUACUGCGCUGGAGGCCCUUAAAAGGGCUGAUGGGAGGGCAGCUGAGGCAGAAGAUCAACGUGACAAGGCUUUAAGGCAGCUAUCCUCCUUGGAGGAGAUCCGGCGAGACAGGGAUGAGGCCCUAAGCCAGAAGGACGAGGCCCGGCACCAGCACGAGCUUUUGAAGGCAGAUUUUGAUGCCGUGCUGGCGCAGAGAGAAGAAGCCCUAGCUUGGGUUGUAGUCCUGGAGCAAGAGCUGAGCAAGCAAGCUGACAGUGUUAAGGGCUUGAACUUGGCGGCAGAGGAGUCCAAACUUCAGAAUCAAUAACUCUGCCAACAAGUCAACUCUUUGGAGAAGAGGUGCUCAGCCUUGCUCGAAGAUGCCAAGCUAGCUGAGGAUAGAGUCCAGCUGGAGUGCGAGGAGCGCUUAAGGGUGUACAAGGAGUCGGCUGAGCUCAAAAAAGAGAUUGAACAGGCCUGUGAGGCUCAUCUUCAGAGCUAUAAGGACUCAUCGGAGCUGAAAGCCAAGAUAGCUGAGGCCUGCGAGGAGCGACUUGCGGAAUUUAAAGCCUCUGGCAAGAUGAAGACGACCAUAUUGAAUAAGGGCUUCCGCAUGUUCAUCUCUGGAUACAAUCGGGGCUUGAAGACUGCCAGAUAUGCCCCCUCCACCCCGUUAGUUGAACUCCGAGCUGCUGAGGAAGACUACGAUGGCGAGGACGUGCUUUACGGGGAGGAUGACAGGCCCUUGCCUAAAGGAGCUUCUCGCACUACAGCUGGGCCUUCUGAGGCAGACGCCGAGCUGGGGAAGGGAGAUGAAGGUGCUGGGCCUCAGGAGCAGGAGGAAGCAGGGGCCCAAGGGGGGGAAAUUGUAUCGUUUGUAAAUAUUAGUAUAGGAAAUAGUGAUGUAGACAACGUAGAUACACCUAGGCAUGUAAGUUCUCUAAGGACGGUUUUUCCUUCAGUAGAGUAGGUGCUUAGAAUAGGCUUGUAAUAUACUUUUCUUUUAGUGAAAUUUUACUUUUAUCCUCUGCUUCAUGCUUAUACUUGAGCUAUUUUUAUCUUUGUUUAUUUUUUCUGCUUUACCAAGCUACUUAGUCUGUUAAAAACCUAACUGGUUCAAUUUAUUAAAGACUUAAGAAUAAAGCACUUAAGUUAAUCAAGGCUAGAAAAUUAGCAAGAGACUUGACUUCUGAUUUAUGAACUUUUCCAAUUUCACCAGGGCAUUCUUAUCUGUAGGCCUUUUCCGACCUAGAUCUGCCUUAGGGAUAAAAAUCUUUAAGCUACGUGUUUAAUUAAUCUUCAUGAGUUUGAUUUUUAACAAUUGA